AUGUUUUUAUCAAUCACUCAAUUCUUGCUCGCUCGAGACGAAGAUGCCAUCCGUAUCAUCAGCCACUUGUUUCUCAUUUUACAAUCCCUUGGAUAUGUCCGUUCCGACUCACGUUUUGUUGAAACUGCCUCGGUCAAUGUUAUUGGCUAUAUCAACCUGCUUCGCAAAGCUGGCAAACUUGAGCUUAUCCCGCUUUAUGCAUCGCUGCUUCCAGAGGAUACAGCGCACAUGGUUCUUGGAAAUGUGCUGAUUGAUAUUGUUGAGCCUGAGGACCGGGAGAGGCAGGUGACAAUAAUGAAGAGGCUAAAUAUCAAUCUUUCCGCCAUCGUUGAGUGCCAGUGGCGACUCGUAAUUUCCCAAGCCGAUGCAAAAGAAGAUAAAACCACUACGAUUCGACUGAAGAGGAGUGUUAUUCAUCAACCAAAAGGUCUAAGCAGAAUCGGACCUAUAAAGAAAAAUCUCCUUGGCCGGCGCAUUUCGCAUGAAGACGAGUAUCUGAUCCGCUGUUUGGAAUGGCACCGCUAUGCGGAUGAUCAACUACCAAAUAUUUGCCCGAGAGGUACACAUUUAUACAAACGGUUUAUGGGUGCUGGGCGUCUUGCUGCGGCCCGCGAACUUUUUAAUCGUGUUCGGGUCAACAUGGUGCCUGCAGACAUUACAGGAUUAGGUCACUCACCAUUUGAAAUAUUGGCAAAUGGCUCCGAAAAUGGAUUCGAUGAACUCCCAAGCCCUGUAAAAGCAAGCCCGACGAAGAGCCCUAGGAAAUCGGGCAUUCAGAGACGGCGUCCAUUAUCGAGCAAUAUCAGAGCAGAGUUAUACUUGCAAUCGCAUACAAUGCGUGAUUUGGAAUACCUUAUCGCCGCGUUUGACUCCUUGGAGACUUGGGCUGGACAGAUGGAUCAAUAUGAACAUCUCUCUGAUAAGCAACAGGCGAAGGAGUUCCGGAAAACCUUACAGGUAACUAUAGAUACUAUCACAGAACGUAUCGAACCCCUUUGCGGAGAAUGGCUAUCGUACCCAAAAGAUGACGCGGAAGCAACUGAACUCGAAUUCAUAAAAUCAACAUAUCUUCCCGAAGUCAUCCUAGCAUACCACAGCGCGCUCUUCUUCGCCGGUCAUACGAUCGGGCGCGAGGUGCUUACUCAGUGUAUGAUGCUUUCCUCAGUGAUAGCCUCAUCGCCAUCCCUCACGAACAGCUUCAUAGCAUCUGGGCGCAUGUGCGAGUUGGUAGAUGCGCUGGCACUAUCGAGCAUUGCCAUGAUGAGUGCGAAGGACUCGAAAUUGAAGAAGAAGUUGGAGGAUGGGGCUUCGCUUGAUAUCUGGAAAAUCAAACCGCAGCAGGAUGUGGAACUUGUUUAG